CGGGCCGGUGCCGCAGGCGAUGCGCGGGGCGCUGCGCCUGGUGCGGUUCCGGGGCGCCGCGGGCGGGGGGCCCCGGCUCGGGCUGGAGGAGGCGCCCGGGGGGGACCUGGUGGAUCUGAGCGCGGCCGAGCCCGACCUGCCCCGGUCCAUGCGGGAGUUCCUGGAGAUCGGCCCCCGCGGGCUGGAGCUCGCCCAGAGGGCGCUGCAGUCGGGGCAGCACCGCGUGUCCCGGGGGGCUGCGCGGCUGCUGGCGCCCGUGGGGGACCCCCAGAAGGUGAUCUGCGUGGGGCUCAACUACCACGACCACUGCCGCGAGCAGGCGGCCAAGGUGCCCCGGGAGCCCCUCAUCUUCAGCAAGUUCCCCAGCGCCAUCGCCGGGCCCUUCGAUGACAUCGUGCACCCCCAGGACACCAGCGAGCUGGACUGGGAGGUGGAGCUGGCCGCGGUCAUCGGGAAGAGGGGGCGGCACAUCGAGGAGUCGGCGGCCCUGGAGCACGUGCUGGGUUACACCGUGGCCAACGACGUGAGCGCCCGGGACUGGCAGAUGCGGCGCAACGGGCGGCAGUGGCUGCUGGGCAAGACCUUCGACACCUUCUGUCCCCUGGGGCCGGCCAUUGUCACCAGGGAGGCGGUGCCAGAUGUGCACAACCUCUGGAUCCACUGCAGCGUCAACGGGCAGCGCAUGCAGGACAGCAGCACCCGGCACCUCAUCUUCGGGGUGCCCGCGCUCGUGGCCUGGGUGUCCCGGUUUGUGACACUCGUCCCUGGGGACGUCCUGCUGACGGGGACCCCUGCGGGAGUGGGGGUCUUUCGCAAACCGCCCGUUUUCCUCAAGCCUGGUGACGAGGUGCAGUGUGAGAUUGAGGAGCUGGGCACCAUCUGCAACAGGGUGGUGUGACGGCGGAGAGGAGCCCCGGACCCACCUCCCCCCCGUGGGUCAAUAA